AUUUUUUUCGUUAUAAAUUAUCUACAAGGUUUAAUGACUUAAAUUUUCAUUUAUUAGCAUAAAUAUGAAUAUUGAUACAUGUUUGGAUGGUCAUAAAGACCCCCAAAAUAAUAAUAAUGCUUUAGUGAAACUAAUAAAGAAAUGUACAGCAUUUUUAUCAGCUGAUAAUGAAAUUCAACUGAGACAAAAAAUUAUUGAUUUGAAUGGAUUGUAUGCAAUGUGGAAUAGUGAUAAUGAUGAAGACUAUCCGGCCGAAGUGUACGCGGCCGUCGCCGAAAUGUUCGCGUCCAACGUGUUCCGGCCGCUGCCGCCCUCGUCGUACAUGGCGGCCGACGACGACGAGUGCGGCGGCGUGGACGGCGGCGGCUUCGGUGGCACCGCGGAGGACCACGCGGCCGCGGAGGCCGUGGCACUAGAGUUCCAGCAGACGGCCAUGGCGUACCAGACGUUCCGGGCGUUCGUGGACAGGCUGGCGUUCGACGGCGACAAGGCCGGGCCGCACAUGGGACGGCGGUUCGCGGGCGGCCUGGCGCACCGGCUCAACGCGGCCGACAUGAACGAGCGGCUGACGGCCCGCGACACGAUGAUCCGCGUGCGGGAGAUGUGCCCGCAGGCCCAGGCGGGCGUGCUGGACGCGGCCGUCGACGAGCUGGCCGACUUCGCGUACGGUUACGCGCCGCGGCACAACGGCGUCCACGAGCUGCUCGACCUCGUCGCCGACACGGUCGUCUACGCGGAAGUCUCGCGGCCGGCCGUCGAAAAGCUGUCUAGAGUUCUGUUACGUUUACUCAAACACCAAUAUUUGUAUUCAUUCAAGACCAAGUUAAUCGAAUGUAUAAGAGCUUUGGAUAGUCAACACGAUGGGUUGAUUCCUAAAGUGUUGGUAUUCAUCAUGGACAUCUGGAAAAGUCAUAACGUGAAAACCAUUGUUUUGCUGCGCACAAUGGUCGAAUUGUACGAAUGGUGCAACAAGGAAAAUUGGAUUAAAUUGCAGUUACCGGUUGUUUGCCACAUAUCCAAAUUUUUCAGUGACUACGAUUUUCAGCUGGCCGAGGAAUCUAUGAAUUUUUGGAUUCGAAUUAUGCACGAAAACAUUAAAUACUGGCAAGGCAGAAAAGAUGACGUCAGAGUCGUCGUAAACGCUUUGAAAAAGGUGAAACGAACUCACUGGAACUCAGAUUGCGUGAUCAUGGCAAAAAACUUGCUAAAAAUAAUGGUUAUGAAAAAUGUGAUAAAAGACAGCUGCGUGGAAGAUCCGGAAGAUAUGUUCCAAGAAGGGAAGUCUAAAGUGAUAAACUAUUGUGACUACAUAUCCCAGAAAAUACUGAAACCAUUGGUAAAUCAUUCCAAAUCAACUGUUUAGCGUUACUCAAAGGUCCGUACAUGGACAUAAUAUGAUGGCUAAACAAUACAUUAGAUUGUGAUAUAAAGAAUGUAUAGAACGUGAUGAAAAAUAAAAUUUAAAUCCAAACUUUGAAAAAGUUCUUUUAAUUAAAACGAAAAUAGUUUUAUACGCAUAUUUUAAGUACCGUGCAAACAUUGUGAUGUGUGUUUUUAUUUAUUCGAUUUAAUCUUCUUAUAACAAAAUCCGUAUAAAUGAUAUCGUGUAAGGGUUAAACGUCAGUUUAAAAACUUUUUAAUUGCCAAUUUUAAGGGUUUGAAUAAUAUUAAAAUUGUUUUCUUCAUCGAGCA